AUGGCCGUCAGCAACCGCAUCACAGUGGACAAGCUCGCGGAGCUGGUGCGGGACCCGACCAAGAUCGCGGGCAAGGACUAUGUAGUGGUGGAUGUGCGCAACUCUGACUACAACGGCGGCCACAUCCCUGGCGCUGUCAACGUCCCCGCACACGAAAUGCACGACCAGGCAGCGGCCCUGGUGCGUGGUCCCAAAUCCGCCCGCAUCUACAAUGAAGCGAACAUCCAGGUGCUGACAGGCGGCCAGAGAUGA